UAUAUAACACAAGACGUGUUCUUCUAAACCCCAAAUGUAGCACCCAAGAGUAAUGAAAGAGAGGUUUGAAUAUUAAAAAAAAGGAUAAGGUAUGAAUGUCAAAUAUGACGUCUGUCCAUAUUCAUGCUAAUCUUCUACGAAAUACUAUAUAAAAGCUACAUCCUCUAAACCCAAGAUAUGACCAAAAAUGGCAGAUCAAAAUGAUCAAGAAUAUAUCCUUAAACAUCCCUCAGUUGCAGCAAUCAUAGUACCCUUCCCAAUGCAAGGCCAUCUCAAUGAGACUCUCCAUCUUUCAAAUCUUAUAGUCUCAUAUGGCAUACCAAUUCAUUUUACAGGAUCCAUAGCACAUAACCGCCAAGCCAAACAACGCCUCCAUGGUUGGGACCCACAAAAUACUCACAAAAUGCACUUCCAUGACUUACAACUACCUCCUUUUACCAAAAAACCUCCCAAAUAUAGUGCUGAUACCAAAUUCCCUGGUCACCUCCAACCACUUUUCGAUGCUUCCUUACAACUCCGUAAACCUGUGUUCCGACUUUUACAGGAACUCUCAACCAAGUAUCGGAGAAUCAUCGUUGUUCAUGAUACUCUAAUGGCUUCAGUUGUUCAAGAUGUGAAAUUAAUCCCAAAUGCGGAGUCAUAUGCCCUACACAGUGUCUCUGCCUUCACCAUAUUCUUCCACAUUUGGGAAUCAAUAACAGACACGAGUUUUCAUCUAGAUUCUGAUAUCCCAAAAGACGGAAUCAUCCCCUCAAGUGAAGGGUGCUUUACACCAGAAUUUCAAGACUUUGUAGCAAAUCAAUACAAAGUUUUGAAUUUUGAGAGCGGAAGACUCUUCAACACAUGCAGAGAGAUUGAAGGUAAAUAUGUAAACUUACUGGCAAAACUACCUACAAACACCAACAAAAAGCUUUUCGCAAUUGGACCUUUGAAUCCAGUUGAAAUAAAAAGCAGUAAAACCAGACAUAGAUGCCUAGAGUGGCUGGACAAACAAGAGAAAGAUUCAGUGAUUUAUGUAUCAUUUGGAACAACAAUAUCAAUGACAGAAGAUCAGAUCAGCGAGUUGGCAGUUGGAUUGGAAAGAAGUGGCCAAAAGUUUCUAUGGGUUGUAAGAAGUGCUGAUGGAUUAGAUAUUUCCGCAGAAGAUGAUGUGAAAAGGCCUCAGCUGCCAAAAGGUUACGAAAACAGAAUAGAGAACAGGGGAUUGGUGGUAAGAGACUGGGCACCUCAGCUUGAAAUUCUUGCGCACCCAUCUACAGGAGGAUUUAUGAGUCAUUGUGGUUGGAACUCGUGUAUGGAGAGUAUCAGCAUGGGAGUGCCAAUAGCAGCAUGGCCUAUGCAUUCUGAUCAGCCAAAAAACAGUAUUUUGAUAACGGAAGUUCUAAAGACUGGGUUGUUAGUCAGGGAGUGGGAACAAAGAGCUAAGAGAGUAACAUCAACUAUGGUGGAGGACACAGUAAGACUGUUGAUGACAUCAAAGGAAGGAGAAGAUAUGAGGAAAAGGGCAGAAGAACUAGGUGGUGCAGUCCGAGGUUCAGUUGCAGAUGGUGGAAGUUCUCGCUUAGAAAUGGAUUAUUUCAUUGCUCAUAUCAGCAGAUGAUACUUUUUCUUCAGCACAAGACACAAGUUUGUUUUUGUUUUUUGUUUUUUGAGGGAAGAUAAAAUUGAGAUUUCAACAAAAAAAUUUAGAUAGGCGUGUAUUAGUUAAACAAGCCUAUAUAUCAAGUUAUGAACAUUGUUUCUUCUAUAACCUUGUCUCAGUUAAAAAGCCUAUAUAUGAACAUUGUUUCUUCUGUAA